GUUACUUUCGUAAUUUUGGGCGAAACUUUAGACAACAAUCAAAUAACCGCUGUUUAAAACAAUUACUACGUAUCAUUUUUAAAAAAUAAACACUUUUAUUGAAACAAAAUAAAAAGUACAUGGACAGGCUGUGUAAUGUCCCGCUACACACAAAGGGAAUUGGGAACCCAUACAAUCAAUCAAUCUCACUCAUAAAAGAAAAAAAGCAAAAAGAAGAUGGCGAACCAGUCAGCUACAAGGUCCACUUGUUGGCCGAGAUAACCCAAGUUCAUCCAAAUACCCCAACUGAAAGGGUCAAGAAGAGACAAAGGGCAGCCUACCAGUAGGACCUAAUUGGAAAAAUAAACAUAUAACUCGGCUCAAAAUCAAUUGGUAUUACCUCCAAGAAUGAGGUAAAACUGAGGACCAACAGGAGGAAUCAACACCCACGCUGUCCAUAUCCAUACUCCAAUUUCCAAGGAGGACAACUUAACUCCAAAGUGACCCCACUCUGCCAUACAAACCCCUCCCCUAGGUCUACGGCCAGAGUGUCCCCUAGGUAUUUGGAAAGCGUCCCCAACCAGACGAGGCACAAGUUCACUAGGUUGUCCCAUAAGCCUUCAUCUACUAUUGCCCUCGAUUGAGUUCAGAAACAAUACGUAGAUAGGCAAGACACCAGCGAAAACAACCUCCCAAACCCGAGAAAAAGCCUAGUUAGCCAGAAUAAAAACUUCAUAGCCAAGAUAGCCCUAGUUCUUCGAAAACCCCAACCGAAAGGGUGAAGAAGAUCAUCAGGCAGCCUGCUAGCGUGACCAAAAGCAAUGAUAAACAUAAAUCCCAGCUCCAAAUGAAAUGGUAAUACCUCCACACAUGAGGCAAAAUCGGGUGGACUUGAAGGAGAACCUGCCCAAACAAGGGUAGGCCACCAAGAAUGAAUUCAGCUCCAUUAUGCUGCCCACAAACUGCCCAUCAAUUCCAUUUCAUUUCCAAAAUCCACACACUGAUUCAAGGCACACAAAGCAGCAGCAUUCAUCUUAAGGCAAACUCAAGUUGCCAUAAGUUUGAUCAUGCUAGGCAGCCCCUCACAGUUCCAACAUCAAAAACAACCAGUUCAUCAUCAUUCCAGCCCCUGGAAACCAAAACAGCAGUGCCCAAAACCAAAACAACAGCAGCAUCCAAUGGUUUUCCAGCCCUAUUGAGCUCCAAUUUCCAGCCCCUGGUUCCAGCUUCUUCUCCAGCAAAAAUACCUCAAAGACCAGCUGCAUGACACGCCAAACCAUGUCCCCAAACCUUAGUCACGCAGAAGUAAAACAGCACUAAUUACUAUCCAUUCCAGCAAGGUAAAGCCUCUGUUUUUAGAGGCAUAAGAACCAAAACUCAGCCUGGUUUUAAUCCCAGCACGAAGUUCACAGGUCCCUCACAAUCAGUUCACCAUAACGAGAAGCAAUGGUAGAAAGAAGAGAACCACAACAAGUGCCAAGUGUGCCCAGGAAUAGCAUGCCACAGAUUCUACACUUUCCUUCCAGCAUUGGUCGAUUCCUCCACCCCAAAACAUCCCUAGUUGGCUCUUCCAUAACCAUUAGCGGGGGUAGGGGGACAACAUGCCAUUAUGCAGUUGAUAGGUGCAGCACCAUAGGCAAUGUAAUUCAGUGGCCGUUCUUCAUGGAAUUGAACCCCAGAACUCAAUAAAUUCAUCCCUCAAAACAUGGUUCACAAAAUAUCCCAUAGUUCUAAUAUCAACAUUAAAACAAACAAAAUGACCAGUAACAGACACAAACCGCUUCAAUUGAUGUUGAAAUCCAACUCCAUAGAGUGGAAGAGGAUUACAAACCGCUCAAAAUCUCAGAAAAUUAACCAUCAAAGUUGCCCGGAUCAAAUUGAAUCAAAGAUGCAAAACCGCGAUUGAACAGUGUCGGGCAUAGCGUUGACCUUCGUUUCUUCCAAAAAACUUCUCCAAAAUCAGCGAAAUAACCUCAAAGCAAAGGAGAUGAACAAUGACGAGUUGGGCGUUGACUUCCAAUUCGCAUAGCUUCUUCUCACAAAAUCCCAAAUUAAGUUCAUUAUCAUGUGCGCCAGCAUGAAAUUUACCCGGGUUCCAAAAAUCAAAUUAAAUGGAGCAAUCAAUCAAUGGAAGAAUGGAAGGGAAGAAGGCAGUGAACAGUGUUCCGCG